AUGGAGGUUAAGGCUUGUUUGAUAAUCCUCCUCCUUGCAUUGGUCGUGGUGGCUGAAUCAACUCCUUAUAUCCAUGAGGCUAGCAGCUGGGGUCUGACCAAGUAUGGCACAUGCGAUGGCGCGAUUGGUGAAUGCAUUGGAGAGGAGGAUGAGAUGUUGAUGGAUUCUCAUCCUAGCCGAAUGCUUAGACGCCGCCGCCAGAGGUACAUAAGCUAUGGAGCUCUCAAGUCCAACUCCGUCCCAUGUGGUCGCCGCGGUCACUCCUACUACAAUUGUCAAAGGAGGCGCAAGGCUAAUCCUUACAGACGCGGUUGCAACAUCAUUACACAUUGUGCAAGGAUCACUGGUUGA